AUGGAUUUAGGAAAUCCUGCUGUUCCUGACGAAUCCAAAGACGCUUUCAGUUACAUAAAUGAAAGACCAGUGGAUGAUAUAUCAUUAAAUUUUUUUUACAAACCUCAUACCAUAACCCUAUUGGCAGUAUCAAUUGCCUCUGUUAUCUAUACAGCAUUUGUAAGGGAUGAAAAUAAUACACAAGAUAACAUUUGGUCAGGAAUUUGCUGUGUAAUUUUCUUCUUCUUAAUAGUAUCAGUACUUACAUUUCCUAAUGGUCCAUUUACAAGACCACAUCCAGCUGUUUGGAGAAUUGUAUUUGGCAUGUCAGUUCUUUACUUACUGGCAUUACUAUUUCUUUUAUUUCAAAGUUAUUCUACUGUUUAUGAAAUAAUGUAUUGGAUAGAUCCAAACUUACGGAAUUUUAAUAUUGACAUGGACAAGGAAUAUGCAGUUAAUUGUUCAGACAUUAGUUUAUCCAGAAUCUGGUCUCAUGUAGAUGUAUUUGCAUGGGGUCACUUUUUGGGAUGGAUGUUCAAAGCUAUACUUUUUAGACACACUGGAUUGUUGUGGGCUAUAUCAAUUAUGUGGGAGAUAACAGAAAUUGCAUUUGCACAUUUGCUACCAAAUUUUUUGGAGUGUUGGUGGGAUUCUGUUAUAUUAGAUGUUCUUAUCUGUAAUGGCUUUGGCAUUUGGUGUGGCCUCAAGAUUUGUAAAGCACUGGAAAUGAGAGAAUACAAAUGGGUUGGUAUUAGAGAUAUAUCAUCUACUACAGGAAAAAUUAAAAGGGCCAUUCUACAAUUUACGCCAGUUCAAUGGACGCCAGUACGGUGGCUAGACCCCACAUGUACUUAUAUGAGGUUCUUUGCACUCAGUCAACUCGUUGUAUUUUGGCAGAUAUCAGAACUAAACACAUUUUUCUUAAAACAUAUAUUUCAAAUGCCACCCUCACAUCCUCUUGUUUUAGCUAGACUGUGUCUAAUUGGGGUUAUAGUUGCACCUUCAGUAAGACAAUACUAUACUUAUGUUACUGAUCCAAGAUGCAAACGUGUUGGAACCCAAUGUUGGGUGUAUGGUGCGAUAAUGGUAACGGAGUCCAUGCUAUGCAUUAAGAACGGCAAGGAACUGUUUGGACAAGCGCAAGUGUGUAAUGUGAUUGUAUGGCUAGUCAUACAAAUUCUAGUCUCAAUUGGCUGUGUAUAUGGAGUUGUGCUUUAUCAUAGAUAUUUUGAGCCAAUUAAAGAAGCUGUUGUAGAUAGUCCUAAGAAAGAAAAA